CUGGAACAAAGAACGGUCAUGAAUCCCAGUCAUCCAGGAUCAAAGCUGACAACCCUGAUGAUAUCACGUCCAUGUUUAACAGCUACUUUGCAUCAGUAUUUGACUCUGAUGACUCUUUGAGGGAAGAAACCAGCCAUGACCUCGAAACUCCAGUCUUGUCUGAGAUAAUUCUGACAGUUGAGGAAGUUCAAGCAGUUCUUGAAACAUUGGAUGUUACAAAAGCCACAGGACCUGACAACGUCCCAGCCCGUCUGCUUAAAGAAACUGCUCCUGUUAUUUCAACGUCUUUGUGCACGCUUUUUAAUAAGUCCCUAAGUCAAGGUGCUCUCCCGGAAGAUUGGAAAAUCGCCAACAUAAUUCCUGUGUACAAGAAAGGUGAAAAAGAAUAUGCUGAAAACUACCGGCCAAUCUCACUCCUUUCAAUUGUGUCGAAAGUUUUGGAACGCUGCGUCUUUUAUAACAUUAGGGAGCAGCUGUACCAGGUAAUUAAGACCUCGCAGCACGGAUUCACCAGAGGAAAAUCAUGCGUGACCAAUCUUCUCGAAGUUCUCAACUAUAUUGGCUCGAUUUUGGAUGUUGGAGGUCAAGUCGAUGCUGUGUAUCUUGACAUGUCUAAGGCGUUUGAUAAGGUAAACCAUAAACAUCUGUUGCACAAAUUACGGAUGGCUGGAUUUGGAGGUAGUCUCUUGCAGUGGUUUCAAUCUUACCUAACCAAUCGUCAUCAACGUGUAACUGCACAAGGUUCCACCUCUACUACCCUUCCAGUUACAUCAGGUGUGCCUCAAGGGUCCAUCCUUGGUCCAGUCCUAUUCAGCCUCUAUGUCAACGACCUUCCAGAUACAGUUACAUCUAGUCAUGUUGCUAUGUUUGCUGAUGAUACAAAACUGUUCAAAAACAUCAAGUCCGUCAAAGACAGCGAACAGCUUCAAAACGAUCUCAAACAUUUAGAAACGUGGUCUGAAGAGUCUGGUCUCAAUUUUAACGAAACGAAAUGCAAGACACAACGUAUAACAAGAAAGAUAACACCAUUAACAUUUAAUUGCAAACUUAACAACGGAAACUUAGUACAGACUGAAUGUGAACGAGAUCUCGGCGUUUUUGUGGAUAAAAGCUUAACCUGGAAUAGACAAGUGUACGAGCAGUCAGCAAAAUCAAAUAAACUAUUGGGUUACAUCAGGAGAUCCACAAUCUAUAUCCACAACCAGGAAGUGAGACGCACAUUAUACCUUGAACUAGUUCGGCCACACCUGGGGUACGCUACCCAAAUAUGGGCACCACAAUCCACCGAACUAAUACGCCACCUUGAACGAACUCAAAGAAGAGCAACCAAAUACAUCCUUAGUCUUCCAUUCUCCUCCUCUACUGACUACACCACCAGACUUCAAACUUUAGGACUCUUACCGAUCUGCUAUUGGCAUGAAUAUCUAGACAUGGUACUCUUUUAUAAAAUAACUCACAAACUAGUAAUCAUCGAAGCAUCACUACAUCCAACUAUCCGCACUUCCAGAUUGACUAGAUCCUCCGCCAAUAACAGUCCUAAGUUCGUCGUGCCAAAAUGCAAAACGGUAACAUACCAAAGAUUUUUCAUGAUUUGGGCAACUCGAAUAUGGAACCAUCUCGUUGAUGAACUUAAUUUGAAUACGGAUAGUCUUUCGUCAUUUAAGUCGGCAAUGUUUAAGUACUAUAUUUCCUCUUUGUACUCGUGUUACGAUGUUGAGGAUCCUCGUAGUUAUAAAACUAUAUGUCCUAAGUGUAAUUCUGUUCGUAGCCUCACAGCGUCAUUAUUGUGCUGUAUGUAGGAACUGUUAGUACUGUUCUUUGUUUAAUAUAUGUAUUGUUGUAAUUUAUAGUUAUUCGGGCCCGCAGUAAUUGGCAAACGCUGUUGCGGAUUCCCUGCCACUGUAAUAUGUACAAGGCGAAUUAAAUAAAUAAAUAAAUACUCUCUGAUCUCUGAAUAUGUGGCGGACUAUCAUGAAUAGAGAACACUGAUUGGUCAAAUUUAAAAUUUCUUGUUGUUGUAUGACAAAUGACGACAGCGAAAUAACAAACAUUUCUUGAAAAUCAGCAAAUAUAUUGUAUUUUUGCAAGAUUUUGCAAAUUUCAAAACUUUUUUGAGAGCCGAAAACCGUCUAAAAACGUCUAAACGAAUGGAGCAAAGUCGCCGACGUUAAUGAAGGUAAGUUUGUUUUUAAUAUUGACGUAAUUUUCAGAGGCGCCGGAAUAUCGAUAAUAGCGGGGCCAGAUAUUCAUAUAUUCGUGUUCACAGACUGUAAAAACAAUCGAUUUCAAAAGAAAUUAAUUGGGCAGAAGACGAAUAUAUGAAUAUCUGCACCAAUUAUCGAUAUUCCGGCGCCUCUGGUAAUUUUUGAUUUAAAAAUUGAUACGAUCGUUGCGUAUAUAUAAAGUGAAAAAAGACGGCAUAUGUAUGUUUGGGAAGUUGAUCAUUUUGUAAUUAAAAGUGAUAUUUUGGGGAGAUUUUUCAAUUUUAAAACUAUUCUUAUUCACUAUUCGUGUUACUAUAACAAUACUUCAUGUUUGGAAAAUAUAAUUGUUUUGUCAUGUAUUUUUUAGUAGUUUAUUAAAAUGUCAUAUAAUGCCUGGAAUUAGCAGUAAUCCAAUGAAAUUCCCGCUUCUAAUGGUUACGACAUCCGGUAGCGAUUGCCGAGGCUUAAAAUCCUACAGUGUUCACGAACCACGGAGACAGCUCCGACGGACUCGGACACUAAAGCAGUUUCAGCAAAUGACAAUAUAA